CAUCUACCCAAAGUGUUGCCAGGCAUCCCUGAAAGAGGAGGAACAUAAACUAGUGGAAGCAAGCAGAGAGAAAGAGAGAGAGAGAGAAGUUCACUCCAGUGUGGUGUGUGCUCCCUGUGUAUCAGUGUUUGCCUUGAGCUCCUUUCAGCAAGCAGAGUGUGGAAUCCUUUGCCAGAUUUUGGAGCUCAUCUGAAAUACAUUAGACCCUGGAGAAGAACGAACCUCUGUAAUCUGGCUGCGUUGGCGCUCUGCUGAGGGUUCCUAUUUGCUGUCAGAGGUACACCCAUACAUGUAGCAGCAGCUCUUCCAAGACACUGGCUGUUUUUGUCUCCUCAAGUCAAAAUAUUUUCCCAACUCCAGAGGGCAAGAUUGGAGAGAGGAGGGGAGAAGGCAAGGCGCUUGAAGAAGUCUUUCUCCAGUAUCACUUGGGGCAGAAAGAUAUCAGUGUGGCGACUGUUUUCAAAGGAGAAGAUCUCAACUUCAAACUAAAUACCCCCCCUAUCAAAACUCUUGGUGUGUGCAGAGGAGUGUCCCAGUACAAGUGAGCAGUGUUAACAUAAAUACAGGAAACACCUGAAGGUUUUCGAAGGUUCAGCUUCAGGAACUACAGUUCCAAACAACAAGAAAAUCUCACUGAUUUUCAGAAAGAAGAUCCUUAUCAUCUUCUCAAUCAAUCAACAUGUCACGCUGGGGGCGCAAAAAUGUGAAGAAGACACCUGAGGUGAUCCGCACUGUGACAGAGGGGCUCAAGUCUCUGUAUCGUAAGAAGCUGCUGCCUCUGGAGCAGUACUACGGUUUCCAUGACUUCCACUCUCAGAGCCUGGAAGAUGCAGAUUUCGAUAACAAGCCGAUGGUGCUGGUGGUGGGACAGUACUCCACUGGAAAGACAACGUUCAUCAAGUAUCUACUGGAGCAGGAUAUUCCCGGGAGCCGGGUGGGACCUGAACCCACCACCGACUGCUUCACUGCCAUCAUGCAUGGGGAAGUGGAGGGAGUCAUCCCCGGGAACGCCCUUAUUGUAGACCCCAACAAACCUUUCCGCAAACUCAACCCAUUUGGAAACACCUUCCUCAACAGGUUUCAGUGUGCUCAGAUGCCAAACCAGGUUCUGGAGAGUAUCAGCAUUAUUGACACACCCGGGAUCCUGUCAGGUGCUAAGCAGAGAGUGAGCCGAGGCUAUGACUUCCCGGCCGUCCUGCGCUGGUUUGCAGAGCGCGUGGACCGCAUCAUUCUCCUGUUUGAUGCCCACAAACUGGAGAUAUCAGACGAGUUCUCUGAGGCCAUCGGGGCCCUGAAAGGCAACGAGGACAAACUCCGUGUGGUGCUCAACAAGGCAGACAUGGUGGGCACGCAGCAGCUGAUGAGAGUGUAUGGAGCACUCAUGUGGUCCCUGGGGAAGGUGUUCGGCACCCCGGAGGUUCUGAGGGUCUACAUCGGUUCCUUUUGGUCAGAGCCCCUGAUGGUUGCGGACAACCGUAAACUGUUUGAGCUGGAGGAGGAGGAUCUGUUUGCUGACAUCCAAAACCUUCCUCGCAACGCAGCUUUACGCAAGCUCAACGAUCUGGUGAAGAGGGCGCGGCUGGUCAGGGUCCACGCCCACAUCAUCAGCUACCUGAAGCAGGAGAUGCCUUCUGUCUUCAGGAAGGACAAUAAAAAGAAGAAUCUGAUCUACCAGCUGCCCGUCAUUUUCUCAAAGAUCCAGCUGCAGCACAACAUUUCUGCAGGAGACUUCCCAGACUGUACUAAAAUGCAGGAGCAGCUGAUGGUUCAUGAUUUCACAAAGUUCAAAACUUUGAAGCCUAAUCUGAUGGCCGCCUUGGAUGAGUUACUCUCUGCUGACAUUGCCAAGCUGAUGCCCCUCCUGCGGCAGGAGGAGCUGGAAGCAGGGGACCAACCCGGUGUGCAGGGCGGGGCCUUCCUGGGGACCCACUGGGGACCGUUUAGCGAGGGUGACCCCUUCGCCGAGGAGAAUGGAGAGGGAGGUGAAGAAGAGGAGGAGGAUUGGGUGGUGAACAAAGACAAGCCGAAAUACGAUGAAAUCUUCUAUAACCUGGCUCCCGAUGAGGGGAAGCUGAGCGGCACCAAGGCAAAGGACUGGAUGGUGAGCUCCCGUCUGCCUAACUCAGUCCUGGGUCGCAUCUGGAAGCUGUCGGAUGUGGACCAUGAUGGCAUGCUUGAUGAUGAAGAAUUCGCCCUUGCCAGCCACCUGAUUGAAGUCAAGCUUGACGGCCAUGGUCUCCCUCCUGAGCUCCCAACACGUCUGAUCCCACCCUCCAAACGCAGGCAGAAAGGCUCUGAUGCAUAGACAUGUCGUCAGGCUGACAGACCUGAGAGAGACUCUUUUUUUAAUUUGCAAUCACACUUUUGCUACUGUUUUUAUUUGCUUUGAUUUCCCAUCAGACACGACUUAACGUUGUAUGAAUAGCAUUCAACCUUUUCUUUGAAGACUGAUUCUGGUCUUGCACAAUGGAACAUAAGUAUUAAAGCAUAAAAGGGUCAUUGGAGACUAUAACGAGGGCUUUCUGAAAAAGAUUCCCCAUCAACAAGUCAUGCAUGUCUGGUUGCUUCUUCCAUUUGUCUCCUCAAAGAUUGCCUUUAUCAUGAGAUUUAAAUGUAUAUCUACUUAUAUCUGCUGAGCACUAGUGGCGCCCUCUAAGCGAGCUGUUUUUUUUGUGCAUAUAUUUGCUUCAACGCAGAGCAAACUUUUCUUUUUCAAUCCUUUGAAUCCAGCAUUCCUUGGGAAUCCAGAUUUGAGUGGCACAGUAUUAAGAAGGGGAUGUUUUUCCAAAUCGGGUCAUUCCAGUAAAGUUAUUAUCUAUACAUUUAUUUACAAAGACUUAUGUCCCUUGAUGAUUUGUUCCACGCAUACUAAAUGCAAACUGGCAGCACAAAUCUCAAAAUUCUGCGUUUCACUUUUGCUGCUUUUUCAUGACACAGUUUUGUUGAACACUUUAUAUAUUAUUUUUGUAUGUGCAGGAGCAAGACCUCAGUUGCAUUUUUCAACCUUUUAACUAGACUGAAUGAUUGAUAUAUAACUGACUACUGUACACAGCUCCAUCAACUGUUCUUACGUUAACUAUUAUUGUAACCAAUAAAAUUCUCAGACUGUG